AUGGCUGAAGUGCAUGGUCGUCGAGACCCCAAGGUCCACAAGAAGACACAAUCGCAUUCACAAUCACGAGCCUCAACUCCCACUCCUUCACACUAUCGACGCAAGGCCAACGCCCACACCGCCUCUCAGAAAUACAACCGCUGCUGGGACUGGAUCGUCGUCGGCGGCAACUGCCACUACGCCAAAAACCGCUCCACUUUCACCUCCUACCGCCGCGCGCCAGGCAAGAUCGGCCGGUCGCGCGUCCUGGGCAUCGGCACAGUCGAGCUCCAGGUCCAGCGCGGACCUCGUGAUCCUCGGUCUAACAAGCUUGUCCUGGAAGAUGUGUGGCACAUGCCUGAUGCGCGGUGCAACGGGCUGAGCGUCUCCAAGUAUACUGAGACCAAUGAACCGUUGUCGGUUAAGUCCGAGGGCGCACAUGUUGAGGCGAAGAGUGACAGAGACGGGGAGGCAGUGUGGUUCGGAGAUUCCUAUUGUGGUUGUCCGAGGGUGGUGUUGACCGGUGAUCCAAAGGGAGAUUCGUAUCUCCGCGAUGGGCAAAUGCAUAUGCUGAGCGUCAUUGCUUCGCCGGAGGAGUUGGAUAAGCUGUGGAGCCGGGUUUGGCAGUGGUGA